AAUUAAUAGCAUUUGGUAAAUUAUGGAGGAUGAGAUUAUACCAAAUAUUACAUGUGGAGUUUGCGGAGAAACUGACUUUGAACAACGUGAAGGCUUUUAUUAUUGCCUAGAAUGUGGCACCAAACAAGAACAGGUACGCCAAGUGGAGGUAGAAAAUGAGGAUGAUGCAUUCAAUGAGACCACAGGAACUAAGCAUUCAAAGACUAUGAAAAUCAGUGUUGCUAAAGCAGAAAAACCCCAAAUUACUUCAUGGGAGUGUUACAAUUACAUUUUACGCGGCUAUGUUGAGGAACUUCUUGCAUUUGGUGCCAAAGAAGAACUUAAACUUAUGGCCCUACAAGUAUGGGCAGCUUAUUUGCGACGCAAUGAAGUGGCAUUCUUUAGCAAGAAACACGCAGAAUUGCCUAGACUUGGUGCACGUUAUACACAAAACGAUGCAGAAACCAUCUUUAACCACACUAAGAAGAAGCGGCAGCGACGCAAAAGUACAAAUACAAAUACCAGUGGUACAAGCGGUGGUGAAGAAAUGAGUUCAAGAAGCUGGCGCAAGACAAAGCGCCAAUUAAACGAGUCCUUGUACUCAUCGAUGACCUCAGCCACAUCAACAACAGUGAAUUCCAAUAAAGCCAUCAAACUCACAUUCAAUAUGAAGGCCAGAAAAAUUCUGAAAAAGAGAAUGCCAGCCAAGCAUUUGCUGCGUCACGAAAUGGACUUCGAAGGCGAAUUGCAAUGCCAUAAGAUGCCAACGGUUAGAGAGCUAAGUUUUGGCGAUUACAGUUUCAUGAAUAUGGGUCUGAAACAAGUCUACACAGUUUUGGCCAUAGCUUUAAACUUAAUCGGCGACAAUAUGCAACUAACCGAUAUGGUGCGUUUUAUAAAUGAGGGCCAUAUAGGAUGGAAGAAUAUUUUGCAAUAUUUUCCGGAGAAUAUUGCAGGCAAUGCUACAGAAAUAUUGCAGAAGAUCGGUUUCUAUAUACAACCCGAAAAAAUUUUAGAAAAGGGAUUUCGCACACAUGUCGGUGUGUUUGCCAAACAUAUAGGCAUACGUAGGUUUACCACACCUAAUAUGAUGGACUUGGUGAAGAGAUAUGUUACCGAGUUAUGUCUGCCGCCGGAAAUCUGUAUUUAUGUGGAAAGGCUUAUCAACUUUCUUCCACCACGCUUUGAAAUACGUACGGCACUUUUCUAUCCAGCUUACGAGGCUCGUGCCAUGGCCUAUAUCAUUUUUAUAAUGAAAUUACUGUUUGGUCUUGAUGGAUACAAAGAGCAUCGCAUAUCGAAGACUGCAAAGAAACUAAAUCUCAAAAUCCUAGAACUAAAUCACAGAAACAAUGAGAAUCGCCCCUUACUAUUUGUGUGGGAUGGUUGGCAGAGAUACAUUGAAAUGCGCAAGAUCAUAGUGUCGCACUACAAUUUAGCAUUUUGCAAGCAAUUUCAUCAGAGCGAAAGUAUCGAGCAAAUUUUGCAAGGUAUGGCCGAUGAGACGGAACAACGCAAGGAACAUGAACAAGCUAACAUGGCCAAGCAGCAGAUAAGACAACAAAAUUUCGAUAACUUGAGGAAAUUUUUUGAGAAAUUUUUGGAAAAUCAUGAAAAGCCUAACAUAAAUGAGACGAAAUUUGACUUUAAACCCACCUACACUCCGGCUUCGACGUACUUCAAAACAAUUCUUUUACACCGCAAUCACAAUAAUAGUGGUCAAAAUGUCUCUAUACCAAAAAUCCCCCAAUUUAUGCACACAGAUCAUUCGCAGCGUGAUAUGCAGUCGUACUUGGAAGUCAAGCCCCUAAUUGAAUAUUUUCGAAAUAACAACAAAGAAUUGAAAGUCUGCUCCUUAGAAACAACGGAAAAUAGACAUUAUGUGGGCAUCUUUCGGAAUACCAAUCCUGUUAAGCUAAAGAACACACAAAAAGCUGAUUUCAAUAUAACCGAUAAAGAAUGGACUGACAAAAUAUCAAAUCAAAAGUCUCACUACAAAGACGAACUGGAAUGGAACAAAGAUUUAGAAGGGCUGGAGGAAGCAAGUAUUCCAAGUGACUGUGUACCUAUAAUGAGGAGUAAGAAACAAAACAAUUCAAAGCUUCCUGCGACUCAACACGAAGUGUCCAACUCAUCCAAAAACACAACAUCAGAAAAUCAACAAAGUAGCAGCAUUAAAUCAUUACCUGACAUUUCCAUUGAUGUAUUUCGGGAAACCAACAUGGAUCCAUUGCCGGCGGCAUAUGACAUAGAAAAACCACGACGAAAUUUAGGAAUAGUGGAUAUGUUUGCUGGCAUCGAAGACGAAGAGUAUUUAUAUUCUAAAGAAGAUUCCAUCGUAAACGAUGCGGAAAAAGCACAAAAUCACUCAUCAAGAGCAAGCACACCUUCAGAUGAUUGCUUAGACGAUAUUCACAUAAAAAGUGAAUUUUUGCCCGAAUCCAAUUCUGCCGAUCAGGAAGUGCUUAAAUUCUACAAUUCCAAUAUGGAUUGUUGGAUGAUAUUGGGUAACACGUGGACAUUAACCUCAACGCAACAAGCUCAACUGCGGGAUAAACUCCCUUUGGGAUUCUUUUGGCUUUUGGAGAUUUGUGCCGACACAUUGGGAGUGGAAUGGCCCAUAGUAUAUGAACAAUUGCUUGUAAUUGAAGUGAUGUUUUGCAUGGGUAUUGAAAAUUUGGAUGAGGUCAAGAAUUAUGUACAUUUGAAAUACAAGCAUCCCAUAAAAGAAUUCGAUUCGCUGAUAAUUAGUCAUAGAAAGAUUUGGUAAAUUAAUUUAUUUUUAAAUUGUUCUCACUCAAUAAAAUGCAACAAAUUUCUGUUUUUCAAAAAUUA